AGCGUUAUUGGUGCGUAUAGGUGAACUUUGCCGAGCGGCGAGUGCGUGUUUUAUCGGCUACGGUGGAUUAGCUUUGAAGCUAACUGGUUGUUGUGUGUUGAGCUGAGAUGAGGAAGGGGGCGGACAGGAGGCCAUACUGACUGAGCUGCGGGUAAAGAGAAAGCAAGACUCGCUAUUUGUUUUACUGGAAACCCCUCUCUUAUUAGCUAGUUAACAUUUUAACGAGACAUUGUUGCGUACGCUAGUUUGUAAAGGGUUUGCAGGAAGUGUUCAAAUGGAACCUGGCUUUCUCUUUUGACCUGAAGCAUACAGAGAGACGCUCCUGACCACAACAGACCAGACCAAUCCCAGUUGAGCCCAGUAACUCGUCUCCCCCCCUCCUCCCUCCAGCCACCCAGGCUGCAUUCUUCAGCGCUCUGUGACCGACUCCCUCAGCAGUAUUUGGUUGUGUUGAUCCGACAUUCUCACAGCAGUGGGACUGGACAGGAGACCCAGAGGUUCCCGCCGCUGAAGCACUAAGCUGUGCCUGGCAAUGCCUCAGCCCAGCGUCAGUGGGAUGGAGCCUCCCUUUGGGGACGCCUUUCAGAACUACUCGUUUGCUGACCAGGCCUUAACCAGCACCGAGCUGCUGUCCACCAGUUCUGACCCAGAUUUCAUGUAUGAGCUGGACACAGACAUCAGCCACCGACAGAGUCCCUGUGGGGACAGCAUGGUGGGGGUUGGGGAUGGAGGUAAGGAGGUGGAGGGAGGUGUUGAUCAGCUCAUGGGACUAGGGGAGUGUGAGAUGGUCUGCAGCAGCUCAGCGUUCGAACAGUGGGACUCCUACUGGGAAGACCUCACCAGGUACACACGGCUGGCCAGCUGUGACAUCUGGGGAACCAAAGAGGUGGACUUCCUUGGUCUGGAUGACUUUUCCAGUCCCUACCAGGAUGAGGAAGUGAUUGGUCAAACCCCGACGCUGGCGCAGCUCAACAGCGAGGACUCACAGCCAGUCUGUGAGACGCUCUGCCCUCCCGUUGACCUGAGCCUUCCUGUCCCCCCGUCCCAGCCCCAGCCACUUCAGCCCUCCAAUCACAAUAAGAGACACUUUGUCCUUGGCCAAGGAUUUGGCCCUAGCUCAGUCCGGUCGUCUCUGUGUUCCACAUCCUCUUCCCAGUCCCGUCCUUCCCGCAGUCUUCUCGCGGACUUUCCUGAAAGCUCCCAAAGAGCAACCAGACCUGUUCCCUCCAGCACAGAGACUAUGGCGAAGACCCAAAACCAACUCAACGCCAUCAAGGAUCAAGGCCAGACCAAGCCUGUAGGACGAGGAAUGAAGACCGCCGCCCCAACGUCUCACAGUUUGGACUUUGUGCGGAAAGCUAAAGUACGAGUGAGUUCUGUGCUCCGAGCUGAAGGUGACGUGGCUGCGCCGGCAGAUUUUGAGAGGCCGGGUCCCCCUCUACCCCUCUCCCAGCCUCGAGAUGAGAAGCCCUCUACUUCGGUCAGCGUCGCAUUGGCGGGACUUCCUGCUCCUGCAGCUAGAGGCUCUGGCAGCCUGGCAAGCUUUGAGAAAGCAGAGGGGGCAGUAAAGAGAGAGGUCCAAGCCAGAGCAGCGGAGCCAAGCCCGACUAUGGGCGGUGCCUCUGGACUUGUGGGCGGUGGCAGCGUGGUAGUGGCUAGCGCGGCAGGGGGAGGUGGCGGUGGCAUUCUGGUUGUGGAAGACUCUGAGAAGAGCAAGGAGGAGGAGCAUAACUACUCAUUGUUCCUGACCCGCAGCAAAGCUCACUCUCAGCUGGAUGAAGAUGAGGACGAGGACGAUGAGGAGGAGGCAGAGGAGGAUGAAGGCGACGGGCUGGAGUUGGACGAUGAAGACCACGAUGAGGGUUUUGGUAGUGAACAUGAGCUGUCUGAGAAUGAGGAGGAGGAGGAGGAAGAAGAGGAUGAAGAUUACGAAGCAGACAAAGAUGAUGACAUGAGUGAUGCCUUCUCGGAGCCAGGUUGUGACAUGGAAGUAAUGGAAGACAUGAAAGGCCUGACGGCUGGAGUCUCCAGCCGGAAAAGAGGCAAGCGUCGCUACUUCUGGGAGUACAGCGAGCAGCUCACGCCCUCUAAACAGGAGCGGAUGCUGAAGCCGUCUGAGUGGGACAGACACACGUUGCCUAGCAACCUGUAUCAGAAGAAUGGACCUCUCCACGGGAAGUACAUGCUGAAGAAGUCUCGGCGCACCGACGUGGAAGACCUGACACCCAAUCCUCGCAAGCUGCUGCAGAUCGGAACAGAGCUUCGUAAGCUGAACAAGGUGAUCAGCGACUUGACGCCCGUCAGCGAGCUGCCGCUGACCGCGCGACCGAGGUCCCGCAAGGAGAAGAACAAGCUGGCGUCCAGGGCUUGCCGUUUAAAGAAGAAGGCUCAGUAUGAAGCCAACAAGGUGAAGCUUUGGGGACUCGGUACAGAAUACGAUCGGUUACUGUUCGUCAUCAAUGCCAUCAAGGAGGAGAUCGUGCUGCGAGUGGAAGACUCGUCUCCUCGUUCGACCAACAUGACGGAGACCCUGGAGCGGCUCAUCAAAGAGACACUCGUGCCAUCACCUGUUGCUGGGCAGACUUCAGACUUUGUCAACAAGAUCUUGGAGAACACCGGGCGCGGCGAUCCCACCGGCGGGCUGGUCGGCCUGCGAGUCCCCACCUCUAAAGUCUAGGCAAACGGCCAUCAGACGAGAAGAAUGGACUAAAUGUUACCACCGUGCUGUCCCUUUGUAACUGUUCUGCCCUCUGCAUGCCCCUCCAACUCAGAGUAAAUACACAUCGUCCGUCACUUAAACACACAUACCACCUCCCCGUGUGUGUGUGUGUGUGCUUGUUUUUGCCAUGCGAUUGUGUGGCGCGCACACAGCUUUUUGUUUGCCCACCCCGCGUGUGGAGUGGGUGCAUCGCUGUUACCCGGCCCAUCGUGACCGCCUGAUGGGAGAAGUGCGUCUGAAGUGACGGCGAUUAUUAGAUGUGCUUAAUCUGUAGGAGGCUUCUGUUUGAGGAUGAGUAUAACCACUGGAGCUUGUCUCAGGUGGUGACGAACUUGGUUACAUGCCAGACACAAAGGUUUGAAGGAGUUUCAGUCAUUUUCCAUUAGGAGGUUCACCCCCAAAAACACAAUUACAGGAUGUUUAAUUGACCUUUUCACUAAAGCACUUUGACAAAGUUGGCUCUGGUAGCCAAAAGAGAAAACAACAACAAGAAAAACCACAGCAGAAGAAAAACUGAGAGCAGAGUGGCAGGAAAUAUUUUGUACUGAAGGCCUAAAUAUGUUUGUGCCACUUCCUGUCAACCAAUCAGCUCUGCUGUCCUAAAAAUAGCUUUACAUGUGAAAAAUCACAGCAAAAAAAAGAAAAAUGCAAACGCUCACCUAAUCGUCCCUGCCGGUUUGAAAGUUAUCCGGCAGGAGAAAGCUUUAUGUUGCCCUCGACAACAGGAAGUGCAGAGGAGGUGCAUGUAGCAUGGUGCUUUGUGCUGGUUGUAACUGGACUGAUGCAGUUGAGCUUUUAUUGCCAGUAUGGGAAGCUGUUAGGUAGAUGAUGGCAGUGAUGAAGAUGAUGAUCCAUCUCUAGGAAACUGUAAAUAGAAACUGUAAAUAGAAGCUCCGUUUUUUUUUCUUUUCUUUCUUGUACAGUAGAUUCGACCAGGCCGUUUGGUGACAACAGUUUGACGUGUUCAUACUAGAUUUUGUCAGAGUUCUCUUCAUUGUGCCUUGUGUGUAUGUAUGUGUGUGUGUGUGUGUGUGUGUGUGAGGAGACCGAUCAAGAUGAGACUGGUUGGACUUUAAAGGGUCCAAGUGAGACGAGUCGGUGGACAGUUUAAAUAUAUUCUGAAUGUACAUAAGCAAGUGGAAGCUCUUGUUGCGUGAUGCCACAGAGUCUGUGUAUAUAGGAGGGCUCUGCAAUAGAUUACCUUUGGUUUUUGGUACUCUCGUCUUUUGGGGAGGUGACAUUUUACGUUCAGAGUUACAGAGAGAGGAAAUGAUUUGCACACUAUAUUUUGAUUGUUUUUUGUACCAAAGACACAUGCAACGAAAAAUGGCGUACCAGCCAGUUAAAAGUAAGGUUUUGCACAGCUUACCUGACGCCGUAUUGAAUGUAAGAAAUGUGGGAGGGUCAGGGAACUUAAUAGAACUGUGAAAAUGAGUUUGGGUCCAAUUCUGUACAGAAAAGGAACAUUCAUUUGUGUUUUGGUUUUCUUUUUGAAGUCUAAAAACGUAAAGCUCCAGUACAUUUUCUUUGCUUUUAGGAAGCACGCAAUUCCUGAGCGGAUUCCUCCCUCCACAUGUUCCAGUGUGUUAAAGGCGCUAGACAGGACAAAACGGCGCUCGUAGAUAAGCUAUGUUACUUUAUUUUCUUUUCGCUAGUUUGACGAAACGUCGCCGACAAUAACCAAAAUGUUCCCGUGUCACUUGUUUCAUUUCUGUAUCUAGUUCACGAGCAAAUUAUUAACAGUUCAUGUUUAAAAGUACUGUAUAUAAAUAAUAAUUCUAUAUCUAUCAAUAGUAAGAUGCCACUUUUCAUGACAAUGAUUAGUUUUUAAGCAUGUCACAUUUCUAAAGCCUGUUCUUGCAUCAGAUAUUAGAGGCAAAAACACAAAAAAAACAGGUCUCAUUAUAUUUUUGUAUGUUAGCUGCCUGCUCGUUCUUCUGUAAGCUUGAGGGUUUUUCCUGGUCGGAGAGGAAAAGCGAGGAAAGUGUUUUAAAAUGCAAAUCUAAAGAGCGACACUUUACUCCUCUGUUGUUCUUGACUGAGUGAACUAGGGCCGGAUUGUUGCAGACACACAACAGCAGAGCCUCACUUUCAUUCGACCGGGCCUGUGAGGAGGACGAGGAGGAGGGCGUACUGUCUUUAAUGAGGACAGAGGGCAACACUGUGGAGGAAGCAGCUGUAGUGCUAUCUCAGCUGCGAGAAAGCCAAAGCCUUUACACUCACACUGAUCUGGGUUCAGCAGCACUGUGCUCUCUCCUUUACUCCUUUAUUUUUUAGUUUUCCUUUCUGAAACCAGAUGAAGUUUGCCCGUCCUGGGAUUGUUGCCUUUGGAGUUGCAUUGUAGAACUGAGUCUCACCUUGCCUUCGGUUUUGCAGCUUUCUGCGCCGAUCAAACCACGUAAACUCAGCUCAGGCCAUCAGGAGGCACACACUGCAGUUCAGAAAACCCCCAGUACACUGUCUCCCUGUUGCUCCUCAGAGGAGACGUACCGUUCCCAGGAACUGUCUAAACUCAAACACCACAAACAUAUAAAUCAAGCGUAGGUUUCGGGACGCUUUCUUCCACAGAGCUCUGUCUCAAUGACUGUGAGGUGCUGUGACCCGUCUGCGAUGUGCGUCUGAGUUACGGCUAUUUACACACGUAGUUUUCCGUCUACUGAAAAAGGGAUAAAUGGUGCUUUUCUGAAACUAGAUCGACAAGUUUCCAAGUUUCACGUUUGACUCCUCCAACUAGUUGUUGCCUAGUAGCCUGCCUUGCUCUCCCCUACCGUCCAGUUAUUUUCUUAGUCGUGAUACGUUUUGUAAAUAAGCUAUAGGUUGAUAAGUAACUUCUAAAUGUUAGAUAUAUAUAUAUAUAGUUUAAUCUAUCUUAUAUGUUUAAAAUCAGCACUUUGUCCAAAAAAAUCCAAGAAAAAGGAAAAAAAUAAUCAUUAUUUUCUUCCAUUUUGCUGCUAAAUGGCCUUGUGUGAAUGCUGCAAGUGUAACUGAUGACUACUUGCUCGGAUAGGUCUAUUACCUGGUGUGGCUAGGUCUGUGAGCUAGCUGAGGAACAUGUGAGUGUGUGUGGCUUGGCAGGGGUUAGAUCUACUCAUUUCUGGGGCCAUGAAGUGAUGUGAGGUGAUGUGGCUUUGGUGAAUCCCAGGGUCCAGAUGGGAUAGAUCUACUUCCUGGUCAGGUUAAUGAUGUUUGUGGUCUUAAAACAAAAAAUAUAUAUAAAAAAAAAAAACAGAAAAAAAGAGGGUUUUGAUUCCAGGGCCCCUACGCUGAUUCUGAUGCUGACCCCCCUUGGCGUCAUGAUUCAUUUUGCCGUCAGUACAGGUUUCCUAUGGAAAAACUGAUUCUGCUUUGGCUUCCUCUUCAGGGCGAUGUACAGUGUAGACACAUUUCUUCAGAGAGCUAUAUUGUUAUCAUUUGUAAAACUGAUUUCUACUUGUGACUUAAAGAGGAGGGGUUUAGCCUGAGGCGGCCAGGAAGAGCUCAUUUGAAAAGCCGUUGUUCCUGGCCGCCUCGGGGGAAGUUAUUAUAUCACUGUACUGUAUGGCAAGCCAAUUACAAAAUGGAGACUCAAUCCGGACACUUAUUGCCUUCUGAAAUAACUUUUCACAUACUCGCAAACAAAAAUAACAACAUGGCAGACGCGUUUGUAGCUGUGAUGCACACCUGAGGUUUAUCUGCCUUUCUGGUAAACGACAACAACAAAACCAUUCAGCUUGAUUGGCUCAAAACAACCUGAAGUAGCAGGCGUGGUAGGAGCUGUAUCUGAAGAAACCAUGGCUUCAAAACUCCGCAUGGGUAUUUCCUGACAACAUUUGAAGCGUUUUUCUUUUUUCUCAGCUAUGGCUUGAAACCAGGUCUGGUAGGGGUUAACAGUGGUUGAAGGGCCGCUGGUUGACGGUCGUCUGACUAAAGAGGGCUGUGUGUUAGCGAGUGUGUGUGUGGUUUGCAGUCGAUCGCGUGGCUGUUUCAAGAAAGCGUCCUCGCAGGUUUUUACGUGAUAGGCGCAGGCUGUGCAACUUUACAUUCAAACCAGGAGACUCUGUGGCAUUUUUAAACAGUUGAGGAAAGGAGUGAAAAUCCACGCCAGUAAAAACUAUUCCUUUAUUCUCCUUUUUUCUUUCGGACAAAAAAAAAAGACUUUUAAGCUAAUAGAGUGUGUAACUUUGUGCUACUCUUGUCUAAUAAAAGCUACGUGGAUCCAUAAAGCUCUUCUUCAGCAAAUCAGGGUAAUAUUGUUCUUCUAUCUGACGUGUGAUGACGUAUAGAGUCAAAAGAUUAUAUAUUUAUGUAUUCCAGUUAUUGUCGCCAUUCUUUACUCUGUACAAAAGAAAUAUAGUGUCUGUCUGUGUGUUCUGGAUUGUUAAUGUCAAUCACUAUGGUGCAAUGCUCUAUACACAAGUGAUAGAAAACAAAAGGCCAACUGACUUUAAACAAAUCUGCAACGUUUUCCUUUUCAUGAAGGAUUAGACUCUGCUGUAUCCAAUCAGAGUUUGUCACAUGGUGCUUAUUAUGUUUUAUUCUCCAAGACUUCUAUCUUUUCCCCUGGUUGUUUUUAUCAGUCCUGAUUUGUAUUUCAUGAUGGGCCACUCAAAAGGAGGAUUUACAACAAUUAUGGCUCUCAUCGGUGAGAGAAUGGCGAUUUCUUUUCCUGUGUAAAAGCCAGUCUGCUGGAGUCGACAACACAAGCCAGAGUCAAAGAGGCACAUCAGAAAAUGUGAAGUCUGGUGUGUUGGACUUUUAUGUUUUGAAUCUUUGUGUAGAGAACAAGUUCAGAAGAAAAAAAACUUGGAAAUUUUAAAUAAGAUUUCUUUAGUGGCAUGGCUAAUUAAUACAAAACCGCUAAACAGGUUAAAGGUGGAAUAUGAGAUGUUUUUCUUUGCCAUUCAUACAAACCACUUGCUGAAAUACAGGAGUUAAAGGUCCAAACUCGUUUUUACAGGCUCCACCCCCAGCUGCACCUCCAGAAUACAGGAACACGCCACGCUUGUUUCCAAGUGUCCUAAUGUUUUAUGUUUUUCGACCCAUUGUUGGCACCUUUUCUGCGAUAAUUCCUAACGUAUCUCACCUGCGUAACCGUAUAAUAAUUUAGUAUGCUUGCUAUUAUAGUGUGGCGUUUUUAUUGUGAAAAACAAGGCUGUUUUUAUCUUUCUUGGUUUAUUCUUAACUGCAAAAUCACUGCAGCUCAGUGCCACCAACGAUCUGGGAAAUCCGAGGGCUCUGCCACCUGAAAGAGGGCAGGCUGCGUUCACAGACAACAGGUCCAUCACAUAAACGUUUCCCAACAAUAACAGAGCCAGACUCUAAACAGAACAUUUAAAACAUCUCCUUUAUUAAAUUUGCAAACGUCAAGCUGAACGAAACAUCCCAUCUAGCUAGCUCGGCUCUGGCGUUGCUUCGUUUCAGCUGCUCCAAGCCAAGAAUACAUGAUUCAUACACAUAGGCAAAUGCGCAGAGAGGUAGGGGCAGUCAGAAGGAAGUUUGAUGGAUGGAUUAGGAUCCAGUCAUUAUAAACAGGAUGGUCACAAUUAUUACAUGAAGUUUUUACAACAUUUUUUUGACUAAACAUUUAAAUCAUUCGUUUCCAUUGGUUUGUAAAGACUAUUUCAAGCAAUAUGGCAAGAAAUGCGCCAGGAAAACAUCAUGUCCCACCUUUAAAGCUGCACUUGUCACCAUGACCAUAUAUAAAAUAUUUACAGUACGACCACCCUAAAGUAUCAUCUUUAGGGUCACUGUUGCUGUAAAUAGAAGUUUUGUUCCCUCAAACAAUCUAGUGUUUGGACCGGUAGAGGAACAGAAAUUAAAUUUCCAACUAAACAAAGUCAGUUUAAAAUUUUUAAAAUAUUAUGUCUAACCAUAUUUAUUGGUUUAUAUUUUAUAUUUAUUAUUAUAUAAAAUAAAGUAUUUCUGGUUUGUUGGAUUUGUGAAAACCUCUUGCUGGCUGUGCUGUCAGACGUCAAGAGUCUGGCUUUGGGUUUCCUCUGUAUCAUUUCAAACCUUUCCAUUUAUUUUUAUUUUUUACACCCUUAUCAAUUGUUUAAAAGCACCUCCUCUUUAGAGACCUUUAGAUCGUCCUUAUUUGACCCAAAACAAAAACGCAGCAGGAGAUCAGUUUCUGCAUGACAAUUCCUUGCACAGCGCUGAGAGAAUCAAGUUAAGUCUGAAAAUGAUUUGGACUUUGUUGUCGCAAAGUUGUUGCAUGGCUUUUUCUGGGGCUCUCUGUACUCUGGGUUGUAUGAUUUCAUACUUGCUGCUAUUGAAGGAGCACAAAGAGACUUAAAAUUUCAAUUCUAAAGUGUCCAUGACACAUUUACAGUAUCUUUACACCACACAAACACACCCUUCUUGAUUUAUUUUACCUAAAAGUCAAUGACAACAGCACUGCUCAUCUUGCACUUGGUUUUUACACCUAUAAGAAAUAAAAACACUUUGAAAUAUGAUGCCUGAUGAACCAGGUGCCUUAAUCGGUUAGACAUGAACACAAAUCUGCAUUCUUCUGUCCGUCUGCAGGGCAUUUCCCUUCAGAAACAAGGAACUGGGUUUUCCAAAACUGAGACUUGAAAUACAAAUCUAAACUGAAAUGCUUGUUUUAUUCUGAAAAUCACGCUUUUUGUACACCGUCCAUCCUCCAAAAGUAGAUCGGAGGUGUUUAUUAUCCCAGGAAUUCUCUUCUGAGGGGAUGGAUCAUCCUUUAGUAUUACAGUAGAAUAGAUAACAUGUUUUGGAAAACCUGGAUCCGAUUAAAAACACCCUUUCUCUGCCCACUACGCCACAUUAUUGUGUUUUCUGUAAUGGCUGCUGCUGCUGCUGCAGCUUUCACCGCUGGUGUGUUUGUAUCGAGGAGACUGUGUCAGAUUCAGAGGGAGACUCGGGUCUGCGUUCCACCUGCUCACUCACUAACGAUGCAUUCUUCUUCUUCUGAGGUUUUGACAGUGAGCUCUGCGUUGAUGCAUCUUUAAACAUUUUUUGCAAGGAAAAAAAGAAAAAAAAAUACAUAAAAGAUUUCCACUUAAAAACAGAAAAAAAAACUUUGCUAUAAAGAAGUGCCAGACCCUCCGUGAAGUCAGCGUUGGCACUGAGUUGCAGGAAACUGAGCAUGGAGGUAACCCCGUGGUGCUAAUCUGUUCGUGGCUGGGUGCUACAGAAACAUGGCUGUGUUGGAUUUAUUUUAGCCAUAUUGCUCUUUCUGUUUGAUGACUCUGGUCAGUCUUGUGUUCUUCUGACUGCUGCACUGCUGUACGCCGACAUAGCGAGGAAUAACUCCGUCGAAGCUGCUUCUUUGCCGAUGAAUGUAGACUAGUCUUCCUCAGCAGGAUCACACAGACGGAAGAGAGCGUUUGGAGCUUUGUCCCUGUUUUCCAAUGUCUGGAAACUCAGAGGGAGACUGGUCAUCAGGAGAGAGAAAGAUCUCGAACGAUGUAACUUUAUGUGGCCUCUUUUGCUUUUGUGUGUUAUUUUUAGUAAAAUCAUGCUUUAGUAUUUUGAUGCUCUAUGUCAAAAGUUGCACGUUUACUAGUUUUAUUCUGAAAAUAUAUUUAGUCUGUUUUUGUUUUGAUUUUAAAUCCCAGUGUUCCAAAUAUUUUAUGUAUUUAUUUAUGAAGUCAGAUCGUUUAAAAUGCAAUUAAUAAAUGUAGAGAUUUAAGCUUUUCCACUGAAGAUGUCGCCUAAAUCAAAGUCACAAUUAAAGGUUUAUAUGCUGUUAGUUGCAAUAUUCUUCUAAAACCUUUAUUUUCUGUCCGACUUCCUGUUUGGUGAGUAGAAUUAGAUCUGUUGGAGCAAUAAUGAAAUGGUUUUAAGGAACUCUGGGUGGGACUAUUUCCUGGCCUGGUUUGAAACAAAUUAGCUAUGCUGUUAGAUUGCAAAACUAUAUUUACUUAUGAAUAUUUCCAAAAACCUUCGUUAUGGUUGAUUCAAAUCCUCGAAACACCUUAACUCUUGAAAUGACCUGAUCAAACCAUAAGACGUGAAGUGUUUAUACACAGACAAGCGAUUUUCCCUCCUUUUUUUCUAAAGGAGACCGAAUUUAAUUGUGAUUUUGACUAAUUUCUCUGUGCGAGGACCAUAAAACAUUCUGUCAUUUGAGGUUUAACAAGGUCAGAAACCUUAAACGGGUCUGCCAGUCUUGAACCUCACCUCGACACGACUCCUUUCGUCAUGACUUUGGACCGAAGUUCUAGGUUAGGUUUAGGAGUCGACUCACUGGGCGACUGUGAGGAAAAAGAGUGAGUUUUGUGGAAAAACUUCACUUCUGCACCAGAGAUACUCACCCCCCUUUACCUUUGCGUAUUUGGUUGUUUAUUUAUAUAUUUUUCUUUUAGAAAAAGGGCUUUGGUUUGCUGUCGUUUCAUCUGGAGGCCCCAGAGAUUAGACAGGGGUCAUUGAAGGCUGGUGGGCAGAGACCGCUCACCUUCCCCCUGCAGUGAAUGAUGGGGGAGGGAUUAUUUUCCUCUUCUGUAGACUGAUUUUACCAAACCACAACCCACCUUCAGUAAUAAAAACAAAAUUCCUAUUUCUACUUUUACACGCGUCAAACUUCUCAUCCAACACUGCAGUGAUUUACAUCUCCUUCCAGACUUGCCAAAACACACAAAGUAAGACAUUUUACAAACCUUUAUCUGAAAGCAUCAUUUUUUUGGGUAUAAUUUAAUAUUAAAUAUUUUUAUAGGAAAUCCAUACAAGCCAAAACGUGUAGGAUAUGGGAGGAAUCGGCCAUCCUGGGCUCCACAGCUACAUGCCGUUGUUAUGAUGCUUCUGGUCUUGUAUGGUUACUUAUUGGACUCGAUCUACAGCAUGGGAUCUUUCUGUAGUUAGUCCUGUGUGUGUUCCUCUCCUCAGUCUCUGUAGGAAGGCUGUAUUUCAUUGCUAAGUCCUCUACAAUAGAUCUCUUGGUGAUUCUAAUCUCAUAAACCUGCAGAAAGUGUAUCCUGCUGAACUAACUCGAUCCUCUCUUUAGCAACGACGUCUAUAUUUGUAGUUCACAUAUAUGCCUGUUUAAAUACAAUAUCUUGAUGUGUUAAUUUUUAUGUUGUAUGAUAAAUGUCGUGUUGGGUUUAUACUUUUGUUUUGACUCCAUUUUUUUUCUUGAAGGCACAGUGGAUGGCUUUAUGCACAGGCUUGGAAAUGUAAAACUUUCUUGUUUGUACUGUAAUGGCCCUUUCAGUUUCAGUUUCUGAUGGGUUCUGUUUUUGUUUGUUUCUGGCUGCUCAACAUCCCGCGGACACCCGCCCUGAAUCUGUUUUGUUUUUGUGCCUCUUUUUUUCUAAACUUUUUUGUUAAAUCAUUGUUUCUUGUAUCAGCCAGGUGUUGGUACUGCAGCUCUGCUUGUAACCACAUUAGUCUGAUUAUGUUUAUUGAUUUUAUUAUCAAAACAAUAAAACCAUUAGCACCCCCA